AUGAUUGACUCGUCCGAUUGGCAGGAACGAGUAAAAUGGCAAGAGCCAACUUUAGCCCCACAAGUGCGGCUACCACAAUUGGAGGUACACCACGGUUAUCGCUUCUUUGUGCUGGACCACGAGGAUGUUAUUGCUGCGGCUGAAAGGAGAUUCAAGAAAUUAGGAGUUGAGGACCCGUGGUGCGUGAUCGAUAUCUACGUUACCAGCUCAGAAGGGGCCUGUCAACAACGGGAAGAACUUAUUCGCAGCCUCCAAGAGAGCUAUUCAAACGACCAUUUCCCCUCGGACGGUCGAAUCUAUCAAAAAAUCCGCUCUUACCAAGGCUAUCCGAACAUAGCGAUAGCUAAUACGGCAGCUGAAAAUUACUGGUGGGCUGUCUUGGAAAGCUCCCCAGGGAGCAGAAAAGGGGGUAGAAGCAAAAAAGGGGCCUAUCUACGAUCAUUACUGAACAAUGAGACUUUACGCCAGAGCUUUGAUGAUCUUCUUCCGAUUGAGGGUCUUUGGGAUGGCAUGAACAUUGGUGUAUUACACAAGUUGAUGGCGAUGAAAUGUGACGAGCCAAUCAUAUGUUAUUUGGGAAAGAUUAAGCAGACGUUUUACAAUCUCGCGGGACAAGACCAAGCCAUUUUAGCAGACUUUGAUGCAGAGACAAUCAUGAAGAUCAAAUCACUCGCACCAAAAAUCUCCAAGGGUGAUCUUGAGUACUUAAAUGGGAUGGAAAAUGAAUUAUUUCCAGCAAUCGCGGAUUCUGCCAACCGUGGUCAGAUUCUUAAUCGGUUGCGAGACAUCGACUUUCCAAUUCUCACACUUGAGACUUUUUUCCAGGACAUACUAUAUCUUGACGUAUGCCAAAGAGCCAUGCGACAGCUAUGCAUCAAACAGCCUGAAAGGAAACACAAACGGAAGAAGACUAACCAGGAUGAACUGGAGAGAACGGCUCCUACCAUUGAUAAGACCUUGCGAAGCCAGUAUAACAACCUCUCGGAAGGCGGUAUAGUUCCAGCCUCGGACCAAGAAGAGUGGUUGAAAAGGGACCUUUGCGACUUAUGGCGAUUCAGUUUUCAGUACGCUUUUGAGAUGACGACAAUCAAGGAGCACCGCCGCCGUAAACCUCGAAAGCGCGUUGACAUUGAGCGCGCCACUAGACUAGGUCUGCACGAACGACCUAAUGACUUUGACGUACAGGUCCUUGGGCAUCACUUUCUCUGGCUAGCGCAUCAGCGCGGAUUCAAGGUUCCGGCCGACGAUGAAAACCAACUACAAUAUUUGGAACUGCCGCGUGUUAUGCCGAGUGACUUCCCACCCGUCAAUGAAGAUGUCAGUCUGGAAAGGCGAAGCGGAAACCCAUUCACAGACUCAGUGAACGCGGACCGUUUUGCGCUAUCGAGAUCGUCAUUACAGAGCCCUUGUAACUAUGACCGGGUCAGCGCAGGCUUCGUGCGACGUUCUGUUUUUAACGCCUUCUUUGAGUAUAUUUAUUCUGGAAUACCAGAUAGUCCAGCUCCAUCUCCACCCCCUGCCGCGGCCGAGUCACCCCCAGAUGAAAUCGAUAUCCUCCUUGCAGAUAUCGAGUUUGGGAUGGAAGCAGAUGCUAGACAUGACAGCUCGCUCGCUGGUUCUGGAUCUGCGUAUGUGCCACAUGCGACGGUCCAUAAUGCACCACAACACCCACCGCAAGACGUACACAGUUUUCCUGGGCCCGAUAAUUGGGGCCAGCAAGGCAGUAACCAAUGGGGCAGACAAGCAAUAACUCCUGUAUUCAGGAUUAUAAUCGAUGACGGGACAACCACGGAGGUGCUUUUGUUGCCGAACGACAUCGAAUUUCUGAGAAAGUUUUUUGAGGGGCUAGAUGCUCACAGAUUCCACAUUUCGAGUUCAGAUGAUAUGUCUAGAGGUUUAUCAUGGGAUGAUUGCUUCUGGUAUUAUGACAGGCACCCUGAUAAAAUGCUGUGUGCGUCUUACCUUGGAAAGUACAAUCAAAGUUCAACUGGCGGCAAAAUAACAAAUGAAGAACGAUCAAAUGAUAUGAACUGGUUGGAAAGCGAAAAGCUUGAGAUCAGAGGGUAUACUUCGAGAAAUCUCUAA